ACUUCCGCUUUUCCGGGAAUCGCUUUGCUUCGCCGUUGUCGCAUUAAUCACCUUCAGCAAUGGCUCAAAGUAAAAGCUUUUUCGAUGAUGUUAAAAAGGAGUUAGAAUGCUCCGUGUGCCAGGAGCUGUUCAGUGAAGUCAACGAGCCAAAAAUUCUAAAAUGUCUCCACACUUUCUGUAAGAAUUGUCUGGAAGCUUGGCUGAGGAGGCAGCGUGAAGGACAGCUAAGUUGUCCGACAUGUCGUCAAAUCACCGAGUGCCCUAGCAGCAACAUUAACAGCCUCCCAUCCAACCUUUUCUACAAACAGAUGGUGGAGAUUGUAGAGGCCUAUAGUGGUACAGGACAAGAAGAUGAUUCACUGCAUUGUGGGAACUGUGUGGAGAAAAAGCCUCUGCAGUUUUAUUGCUUUGAUUGUAACACCUUCUUGUGUGAGAAAUGCGCUGGCGCCCACAGCAAAUCGAAGUUGUUUAAAGGCCACCAUGUCAAGGAAAUUGGUAAAUUUGAGUCAAGCGAUGUGCAAGAUUACGCCCGAAAAUCCAGCGUAUGCAAGAAACACAACGAUGAGCUAAGAUUUUACUGUGAAAACUGCAACGUUUGCAUUUGUCGUGAUUGCGCCAUACUGGAGCACCGUGACGAUAGAAAACACAACAUAGUUUCACUUGAGCAAGGAUUUGAAAACAAGAAAUCCGACAUAACAAGUAAAAUGAAAGACAUUGCAGCAAUUGCAAGUCGUUUAAGGGACCAAAAACAAACGUUGGAUAAGAAAAGAGCAAGGGUGCUUGGAAGCAUUGAUAAAGCGACGAGUGAAAUUCACCGAGUCGCGGAACAAUGGAUCAGCUUCAUUCGCCAAAAUGAGGCAGCCAUGACCAAUAAGUUGCUCGAGCAGAAAAAUUCUUUUCAAGGUACAUUUUCUGCCCAGAUGUCCAGCUUAGACGAGAAAGUCAUUGAGAUAGACAACAGCUUGGUAUUUAGCAGCGACGUUCUCGCUCGAGAAAAUCUACCAGAGAUUUUGAACGUGGAAGAAAUACUAGAUCAAAGGUUUCAAGAACUUUCUUCGGAAUUUCUCGUCAGUCUGAAUUUUUCAUGCGUUAAGUACGUUUCAAAUGAUGCAUCACUGUCAAUUAUGAACGACGCGCUUGGAAAGUUAAUCUUCACGAAAACCGACCCUAUGCUCACAACAGCAAAUGGCAAGGGACUUACCGAAGGUACUGAAGACAAAGUGUGCUCUUUCAAGAUAGAAACAAGGGAUUCGCGGAGACAAAUAACUUACUCUAGGGUAGACAAAGUCGGUGUUGACAUCCGAUCAGUGGAUACAGGAAACGUUAUAGCCCCCGAAAUAACAGACUCAAAAAAUGGCUGCUACGAAGUAAAGUACAAACCAAAGAUUGCAGGAAAAUUUGAAGUGUUUAUAACUGUAGACGGUGAAGCAAUCGUUGGCAGUCCUUUCCGACUUGAAGUGAAUGAAAAGAGAAGGCACUCCCAACCGUCAGGUAUUGUCAAAAGUGCUUAGUCUCAGUUGUGUAAACAGAUCGGUUAGUACACUAAAGUAACAAAGAAGGCUAACUGGUUUAACAAGUGUAAUUGGAUAUAAGAUAGAUGUCACGAGGAACACUUGCUAAAACGGAUUUAUGGCCUACAAAGACAGCUGACAAUUGAAAACUGGUUAGCUUACAAAUAAAUUAGUUCUGCCUUUGUUCUGACACGUGUAAAUGGUUAGUCCUUGUAGUCCUUGUAGUAGGACGAAAUACUGUAGGCCCAUUUCAAGGCACUUCAUUGAUCUGUCUCUCGUGGGCGGUCAAGGAACCACAAAGGAUAACGCCGACCGUAACAUUUUCUGACCAUGACCAUGCAUCCUUAGUGCAGUGUUAGUGUUAGUGUUAGUGCAAGUUUCAUGGGGUGUGGUGCUAUGCAGGGAGGGCAACUCGCUUGGGACUUAUAUAUAAGAUUCGUUUGUGCCCCUUCCCAUAUUAUGAUGGGUCUUGCGCAUCAUAAAGCUGGGAAAAUAUAAUUGAUGAUUAACCGAAUCUUAUUCAGGAGCGCGACAGACUAAUUAUGAACAGUGUAGAUUCGGCAAUUCGGGUCAAACCAGACAAACCUUGUUAUAGCAUGUUAGCUCAUUUUCUUUUUGUUUCAGGGAAUAAAGUAUCAUUCUUUUUCGACUUCAUUUUAUCUUAACAUUUUAUGAAGGGUGUGUAAACAGAAGAAUAAAAAAAUAAGAAAGAAGUCUGAAAAAAAAAAAGAAAACAAGAAUAAGUAACAUAAACCAAGGGGAGAAAAUGGCGGGUAAUUUUGAUUUUUAAUUUAAUUUUAGGAUAUUUACAGACGCAACACUUAGUUCACGUACUGGACAACGAAGUGAAGUUAUCCUUGUAUCAGGGAGAUAUCACUGAUGAGCGGGUUGACGCCAUCGUCAAUGCAGCCAAUGAAUGGCUUCGGCACGGCGGUGGAGUGGCUGCUGCAAUAGUGAGCAAAGGGGGACGUCAGAUACAAGUCGAGUCUACGUGGAUAGUACAGAAGUAUGGGCCACUUGAUGUUGGCAGGGCUACUUAUACAUGUGCCGGCAAUCUUCCCUGUCGCUAUGUGAUUCACACAGUUGGUCCAGAGUGGAGGAAACAUGGGAAAGAGAACUGCAAGCAUUUUCUUCACAGAGCUUGUCUGGAAAGCCUUCAUAUUGCAGCAGUGGAUUUAGAACUUUCUUCCAUAGCUCUUACAGCAAUCAGUUCUGGUAUUUUUGGCAUGCCGAAAGAAAUUUGUGCUCAAAUUAUGGUAAGUGCAGUGGAAGCAUUUAGUUCAAGUGAAGACGCCAAAUUCAGUACCCUGCGUGACGUGCGCAUCGUCAUCAUUGAUGAGCCGACGUUAAGCGUCUUUCAAAAAGAGUUUGUUACCCGCUAUCUUUCCCAAGAAUCAUCGCCAAAAACAAUGACUACCCGAGAAAGUCUGUCCGAUGAGCAUAGAGUAACUCCUCCUACCCCACAUUCACCAGUUGAUGAGCCAGAAGAUUCAUCUCCUUUGACGGAUGAAACUGGCAGGGCAGCGAUGACAACUCUCUCCAAGGGCAACGAGAAGAGAACAUAAAUGGUAGCUCACCGCCAAACAACUUACACAGGGAGGGGAUGAAAACUCUCCCUGAGGACAACCAGAAGAGAAUAUAGAUGGUAGCUUACCACCAAAAAACUUACCGAAUAAUAAGAACAGCCCUAAAGUUACUAUGUCUUGUAGUAUAAAGCAAAGGUCCAUUCCCCACCAAGCUACUGAUAAUCUCAAAAACAAUAAUGUGUCACAGCGCGUCAAUGAAUCAUCUAUUAUUGGAAACGACUGUGGGAAAAGGACGAUGUCUCGGCAGUUGAUAAGCAAAAUGACUCAUUUCUUUUGACAAGAAGAGUCCAAUCGAAUAAUAAAACGAUACGAAACACUUAAUGUCGGCGAAGCCGUUUACACUAGUGGCGGUAGUCUUUCCUGUCGCUAUGUGAUUCAUACCGUUGGUCCAGAGUGGUACAAUCAUAGAAAAGAUAUGAGCAGAUUCCAUCUCCGACAAGUUUGUUUUCAUACCCUUUCUCUUGCAGUGAAAUUAAACCUUUACUUCCAUUGCCCUCCCGGCCAUCAGCUCUGGUAUUUUCGGCAUGCCAAAAGACACUUGUGCUGAAGUUAUGUUUUUGACAAUAAAAGAAUUCAGUUCGAGGUAAGACGCCAAGUUUAGUACCCUUCGUGACGUGCGCACCGUCAUCGUUGAUGAACCAACAUUAAGCGUCUUUCAGGAAGAGUUUGUGAAACGCUAUGCUCCACAAGAGGAAUCGCCAGAAACAAUGACCACCAUGGGACGUUCCUCCGUCGUUCAAGAGACAACUCCUUCGAUCCCAAACUCAGAACGUAAUGUGUAUCGGUCCAAAAAGAAUUAGUGACUUACGAAAACACUCUAGAGGCCCAAACAUGCCUGUGUCUUGACUAACUACUCAUUUUUUCGGUG